AUGGGGAGGGGCAGGGUGGAGCUGAAGCGGAUCGACAACAAGAUCAACCGCCAGGUGACCUUCUCCAAGCGUCGCAAUGGCCUUCUCAAGAAGGCCUACGAGCUCUCCGUGCUCUGCGACGCCGAGGUGGCGCUCAUCGUCUUCUCCAGCCGUGGCAAGCUCUACGAGUUCGGCAGCGCAGGGGUAAAAAAGACUUUGGAAAAGUACCAUAAUUGUUGUUACAAUGCUCAAAAUUCCAACACUGGUUUUGACGGUGAACCUCAGAGUUGGUACCAAGAAAUGUCAAGGCUCAAGAAUAAGCUUGAAUCUCUCCAACGUUCUCAGAGGCACAUGCUUGGUGAGGAUCUUGGACCCCUGAGCAUAAAGGAGCUGCAGCAACUGGAAGAACAACUUGAGUAUUCUCUGUCACAGGCUCGACACCGGAAGACUCAAAUGAUGAUGGAACAGAUGGAUGAGCUUCGCAGAAAGGAGUGCCAACUUGGUGAGCUUAACAAGAAACUGAAAAACAAGCUGGAAGCAGAAGGUUGCAGCAACUACAGGGGCGUUCAAACAUCCUGGGCUACUGACGUGGCCAUAACCGGCGACAGCGGCGCACUUUCCACGCCAAAUGCUGAACCACCAGCUGCUGCUGUGGACUGUGAACCCACUCUGCAAAUCGGGUUCGUCGUUGCUCCUGAGGCAGCAGCCAUGCCAAGAAGUAACACUGAAGGAGGGGAGAACAGCCACUUCAUGCUCGGUUGGGCCCUUUGA